AUGAUUCAAGAAAUGUUGAAAAUCAUGUCUGACAACGAAGACAACGAAGACUUUGAUCUCGACUACUCAUCAGACGAGGAGGAAGUGGGAGAAGUGAUGGACAGCGGGUUGAGUAACGAGACGGAAGUCAUACCAAUGGACGAAGAGAUGGGCCUCGCGUCCGGGUCGGCGAAGUACCAGAUCUUAAACGUGGAACAGAUCGUGGAUCUGAUGAACCAAUCGAUCGAUGAGGUGAAGUCAGUGAUGGAACUGCCCAAUGAUGUGAUCCGUAUUCUUCUCAAUCACUUCAAAUGGGAUCAAAACAAACUUUUGGAGAAAUACUUCGACUCCAAUAGAGAUCAGCUCUUCAGUGACGCUCACAUUAUUGAUCCGAAAGCAGUGGUGUCCUCGUCCUCAUCGGCCGUCGCUAAGACUCGGUCCAAGAUUUGUCUAAACUUUUGGAGAAAUACUUCGACUCCAAUAGAGAUCAGCUCUUCAGUGACGCUCACAUUAUUGAUCCGAAAGCAGUGGUGUCCUCGUCCUCAUCGGCCGUCGCUAAGACUCGAUUGUUGGCGACAAUACCUGACAAACAAAAUCAUAAGCGAAGGCGUUUGCAAUGCCAUCAGUUGUGCUCAAAACGGUUGUGAUAUCAUUGUUGACGACAACACCAUUCACAACAUCAUUGAAGAGCCAAAAGUCUUAGUGAAAUACAGAUAUCUUAUGACAAAUAGUUUUGUUGCGUCCAAUCGCUUCCUCAGAUGGUGUCCCACUCCUGACUGCAGUGCUGUUAAAGUCGACAAUUAUAUUGACUUUAUUGCCGUUGAAUGCAAGUGUGGAUCAGUCUUCUGCUUCCUAUGCGGCGAGAAAUGGCACGAACCGACCCGUUGUGCUGUUCUCAAGAGUUGGCACAAGAAGUGUUUGGGAGAGUCCGGCGAAAAGAUCGACUGCGAGACCGCCAAUUGGAUCCUUUCCUACACUAAGGAAUGUCCCAAAUGCAAGGCUCCCAUCGAGAAGAACGGUGGCUGUAAUCACAUGACGUGUCGUAACCAACAAUGCAAAUACGAGUUCUGUUGGAUCUGUUUGUCAGACUGGGCUAAACACGGCUACCAAACGAGUUGUAAUAAAUAUGAAGAGAGCAAAGAAACUCAAACAGCGAGGGCUCGACUGCAGCGAUACAUUCAUUAUUGGACGCGAUUUCAAAACCAUCAGCAGAGCCUCAAGUCUGAGACCAAACAGUUCUCAGAGGUGAGCGUCAAGAUGGAUGAGCUGCAGCUCCGGAACAUGACUUGGGUUGAGGUGCAGUUCCUUCGCGAGGCGUUCAUAACGUUGUGCGCGUGUCGGCAGACGCUUAUGUAUACCUAUCCUUUCGCUUAUUACCUCCAAAAGAACAAUCACUCACUCAUUUUUGAAGACAAUCAGUCGAACCUUGAGGUGACUGUCGAGCGAUUGUCUGAACUCAUGGAGAAAGAUCUGACAGAAGUGGCGAACAUUAAAGCCAUGAAAACAGAUGUGAUUAACAUUUCUAGAUAUUGCGAAGACAGACGCAAAGUGCUCUGCGAUCACGUCUGCGAGGGCUAUGACAACGAUAGUUGGCUUUUCGAGCUCUUGGACUAAAUGCCACUAAAUAUAUAUCAAUUUAACUUAAUUUUUCUAUUUAAUUGUCAUUACAUGCCGUAUACCGCGCUAUCGAUGCCAUAUUCUAGGAUUAUUUAUGGUUUCAAAGUAUUUGUAUCAAAUCGCUAUUAUUUCAAAUUAUUUCAAUUCAUUAUCUGUAAACAUAUUAUUAGCUUUUGAUUGAAUACAAUGUAUUUAAACUCAAAAAGUGAUUAAAUAAAAUAUAUUUAUAUCGCA